GGUCGGGGUCGUUACCGGACCGAGUGGGAGUUCCACCGCACUGCCUAUCGAGGAUGCAGCUGGGUGAGCCGCUGCUGGCGGCGGCGGGGACACUGCCAGGUGCCCCCUUUUACCCGCUGGAGGGCGGGGGGCGCGGCGCCGCCGCGGGAGCGGGAGCUGGAGCUGGGACGGGCACUGGCGGAGGCUCCCGCGGGCCACCGGGGCCGGGUUCGCCGCCGCGCCUCGACCUGGACAAGAUGCCCAAGAAGUUCGGGGCGGCCCCCGCCAUCCUGGGCGAGGCGGAGGCGGUCGAGCCGCCCUUCGCCGCCCCCAAGCCGGACGGCCGCAAGGCCACCCCGUGCGGGGACGAGGAGCUGCCCCCGGCCGCCGCCGCCCGCUACUCCAUGGACAGUCUGAGCCCCGAGCGCUACUACCUACAGUCCCCCGGGCCGCCCGCGGCCGAGCUGGGGGGGCCCUGCGCCCUCUUCCCGUACCCGCCGGCGGCGCAGCACGGCGCCGUGUACCAGCCGCCCGGCGGGCCGCGCUACCCCUACGGCUCGGUGCUGUCGCCGGGCGGCUUCGCGGGCGCCGUGUGCCCGCCCGGCGGCCGGGCGCAGUUCGGCGGCGGCGGCGGGUACCAGUACGGGCAGGCGACGGCGGGCGGACCCCUCUACGGCCCUUACCCGGCGGCGUCGGGCUCCUGUGGCGGGCUCGGGGCGCUGGGGGUGCCGGCCGCCGGCCCGGGGCUGCGGGCCCAGGUCUUCCUCUGCAACCGACCCCUCUGGCUCAAGUUCCACCGGCACCAGACGGAGAUGAUCAUCACCAAGCAGGGCCGGAGAAUGUUUCCCUUCCUGAGCUUCAACAUCACUGGCCUCAACCCCACGGCCCACUACAACGUUUUCGUGGAGGUAGUCUUGGCGGACCCCAACCACUGGCGUUUCCAGGGAGGCAAGUGGGUGACCUGCGGCAAAGCCGACAACAACAUGCAAGGCAACAAGGUCUACGUUCACCCCGAGUCGCCCAACACCGGGGCUCACUGGAUGAGGCAGGAGAUUUCUUUCGGGAAGCUGAAGCUGACGAACAAUAAAGGUGCUAACAACAACAACGCGCAGAUGAUAGUACUUCAGUCUCUACACAAGUACCAGCCCCGGCUUCACAUUGUGGAAGUGACUGAAGAUGGUGUUGAAGAUCUGAAUGAUUCCUCAAAGACUCAAACAUUUGUUUUCCCUGAAACACAGUUCAUAGCAGUUACAGCAUAUCAAAACACUGAUAUUACACAGCUCAAAAUUGACCAUAACCCUUUUGCAAAAGGCUUCAGAGACAACUAUGACUCCAUGUACACAGCUUCAGAAAAUGACAGAUUAACUCCAUCUCCCACGGAUUCUCCUAGAUCCCACCAGAUUGUCCCUGGCGCCCGAUACAGUGUGCAGCCGUUCUUCCAGGAACAGUUUGUCAACAACCUGCCCCCAGCCAGGUUUUACAACGGUGAGAGAACCGUCCCUCAGACCAAUGGGUUGCUGUCCCCGCAGCAGAACGAGGAGGUGGCCAGCCCUCCUCAGCGGUGGUUUGUGACGCCUGUACAGCAGCCCAGUGCCAACAAAUUGGACAUGAACUCCUAUGAGACGGAGUAUUCUCACAGCACCUUGCUCCCUUAUGGCAUUAAAUCCCUCCCCCUUCAGACAUCCCAUGCACUGGGAUACUAUCCCGACCCGACAUUUCCAUCCAUGGCAGGCUGGGGGAGCAGGGGCUCUUACCAGCGAAAAAUGACAACAGGAUUACCUUGGACCUCAAGAACAAGUCCUCCAGGAUUCUCUGAAGAUCAGCUUUCCAAGGAGAAGGUGAAAGAAGAAAUUGGCUCAUCCUGGAUAGAGACUCCACCCUCCAUAAAGUCUUUAGAUUCAAAUGAUUCUGGGGUCUACACAGGUGCUUGUAAGAGAAGACGGCUUUCCCCUAGCACUUCCAGCAAUGAAAAUUCCCCAACGAUGAAAUGUGAGGACAUUAAUGCUGAGGACUAUAGCAAAGACACUUCAAAAGGCAUGGGCUAUUAUGCGUUCUAUACUAGUUCUUAAAACAUCCUUUUAUUCCAAUUGGCUAAUUUUUUCCAGGGUGGCCUUGGGUUUUUUUGCAUUACAAUUGCCAAAAAGACUCCUGCCUUCCACCUUUAAUUGUUGUGUGCAAUUCUAAAGAAGGUGCCAAAGCUUUUUCACUGUUGCAGGUAACAAAGUAGGGAAAGAGCAAACCAUGGAAGAAUUCAUCCCCUCCUUUAGAAGGAACCACAUGCAGAAGCUGUAAGAGGACAGUAGAUCUUAACAAUGUGGCUUAUUUACUGGAGACACCAAAGUGUACAGUUUGGCUUGGCUCAGAGACCUGAUCAAAUCUAUGCACUCCUGAGCAAGGAAAUAGGGGGGUAGGAUCCCAAAUUUAAUUUUCUUCCCUGCUUGACCCUCUGGUAAAAGGGGGCUGGGUUGUAGGGAGCUGCACAAAUGCUAUGUCCUGCUUCAGACUGCGUUGGUUUCUUCAACCUUAUCUGCAACACAGUUGGCUGAGUUGGCUUGUUCAGCUAAGACUGUCUUUGGCAGAAGAUGGCCAAAAUAAAGCCUGGUUGCCAGGCAGGAUUUUGACUUGAAGAUCUUGUUGCCAAUGAUGGGGUUACAAUGACCAAGUCUGAGUCUUUUAGCUUAGAACUUUCAUUAAAAAAAAAGCCUCCAUCCCAAAAGCCUAACCUUUACUGAGGUGGCCAAAAACAAAGUGUACAGUUGUGUUUUGUCUAGGUACACUGUAGAAUAUUGUGGAAUAAUGUAUAAAUAGUUGACCUUAUAGCUGUUCAGUUGGGAGGACAUCUGGUGGUAUUUUGAAAUUCAAAAGGCUUUUUUUUGGUUAAUCAAACUUGCCAUAUAUGGAGCAUCGCAAAAAGAUUUUAUUUAUGUGUAUGUAAAGUGACUUUUUCAGCUGCCCUGUAUGAAACUGGAAAUGAUGUAACUACCCACUCUUCUUUCCUAUAGUUUCAGCCAUUUUAAACUGGUCGGCCCCAGAGCACUGGCACACAAACUUUUAACCCACUAAGACCUUUUUUUGUUUUGUUUUUCUGUGUACAUACUAGUAAUUUUAAAUAAAUGUG